AUGGCAGCCGUAUAUGAAGACCAAAGCCAUUCAAACGGCGUGAGCGCCGCCGAUAAAAGCGAUGGCGGAGUGGAGGGGUAUGACAGCGGAGUGACUACAAAGUCAUUGCUUACUAAAUAUUCAGAUCAAUCGAUAUAUACGGGCACUAAAGGAGGCAGUUAUGAGAAUAUAUGCGACUUCUGUCUAUACGAAGGACAGGGAAAUUUCACGAGUUAUGGCUAUCCAUUGCAUUACCGAAAUAACCUGAACUGCACCUAUAGGGUCAUGAGAGUCGACGAAUCAGACGUCUGUGAAGUGGACUUAUAUUUCCAUGACUUGGAUGUGUCGGUCACAUCACAGCCGUCCUCUGCCACCCAAUCAACUCAUUCUAAAUAUAACGCCAAACAAAACGACUGCCGCGAAGACUAUCUGGAAGUGAACGAUCGCCGCUACUGUGGCACCGGAUGGAGACAUCAUUCCGAUGUCAUUCCCUUUCCAUUGACUCAAAAAGAGCUCGUUUUCCGGUUUGUGUCCAACGAUCAAACCAAUGGAAGGGGUUUUUGGGUCGAAGUCAGGCGUCGGCACAACACGUGUUACGGCACUCGCCUUAAGACACAGGCCUCGGAGGUAUGCGAAGAGAGAUUCACAGAAUUGGAGUUUGAGAUGAAAAGUCCGCGCUUUCCAAACAACUAUCCACUCAAUUCUGACUGCAGUUAUCACGUGAGACGAGCCAACGAAGACGUGUGUGGACUGGAACUGCUAUUUUUCAAAUUCGAUGUCGAGAUGUCUGAUGGAUGCGCUUAUGAUCACUUGGAAAUCGACGGCCAAAAGUUUUGUGGAAUACUUCCCGAUUCGGCUCAAAAGAUGUUUACUUUCGAUAGCGACCACAAAAUGAUUUCAUUUCAAAGCGAUUCCCAGGUCUCGAAGUCUGGGUUUCACAUUCACGCCAAACAACUCACUGCCUGCGGUCCCGCACCACUGCCAGCACCGCCUUCUUGUAAUGUCUGUACGAGUGAAGGCUUCGGAACAUUUGUCAGCUAUGGAUAUCCUGAUCACUACCGGAAUAACCUCUUCUGCACCUACACUAUUGAUCGCAGAAACGCUGACUAUUGUUAUGUAGAGCUCGAGUUUGAAGACUUUGAGUUACAGGACUCAGACAACUGUGAGGCAGACUUCUUGCAGGUCGAGGACCAGAGAUUCUGUUCCGAUACACUUAGGCUCACCAAACGUACCAUUCCUUUCGAGGGCAAAGAUAAGGGCAUUGUUAUGAUGUUCCGAACCGACGAAUCGAAAACCAAAAGAGGAUUUCUAAUUAAAUACAAACAACUCGAGUGUACCAAUGAUGUGGUCCAAGAGAAAGCAUCGUUGCCUGAGUCGGCGAUACUACCGAUGCCUCACAGCAAAUGUGAUUACGUUUUCACAGACAAGGAGUUUAUGAUUCAGAGCGAGAAUUAUAGCAGAAGUUACGCCAAUAACUUGGAGUGUAGUUAUUAUGUGAGAAAAAACUCGACUAAAGUCUGUUAUCUUGAGCUGACUUUCAUUAAAUUCGAUGUCGAGGCCAGUCCUGAGUGUCAGUACGACUACCUGGAAGUGGGAAAUACAGUUCGCCUCUGCGGUACUCUUCAGACUGAAACGGUUCGCACAUAUAUUUUCGACACCAAUGAGAAGAUAUUGCGCUUUCAUUCGGACGCAUCCAACAACAGAAAUGGUUUUCUCUUGAAUGCCGAACAAUUGGAAUGUAUGGGCGAUAAGAUAAUUCGCAAAGAGCACCAGUACUCGGUCACUACACCCGCUGCUUCGGCAGUCUCUCCGACUCAUUACAGUGUUGGUGGCGAUCAAAGUUUUUGUAGUCAAGUGAUGGAAUCGCAAGAAUUUAAUAUUUAUAGUCCAAACUACCCGAACCCAUACCCUGCUAACCAGGACUGCCUUUUUAUGAUCAGAAAGAUGUCGCCAAAUAUCUGUAAAUUAGAGGUCACUUUCGAUGACUUCGAGAUACAGCCGAGCGAUCCAAACGCGAACUGCAAAUACGAUUUCGUCGACUUUAAUGGCGUUCGGGUUUGCGGUGAUGUCGUGAGGGGUGACAUCAGGUCCUACUUCUUCUCAUCGGAAACAUUUCCCAUUCAUUUCCAUUCAGACAAUUCAGUGACGAGUUCUGACAGAGCUUUUCGUCUAAACAUACGACAGACUGAAUGCGAGCAACAAAACAAUCAAAUCAUACCAUUAGAAGACACGAGACCUAAAGAUCACUACCAGAAGGCAUACGAUUGUAAUCGAGUUUAUUCUGAAGUCGCUUUUGAACUCAAAAGUCCAAACUAUCCACAAAGUUAUCCAAAUAACAUGAACUGCAAGUACACUAUAAUGAAACAGAGGACUGGUAUUAAAAUAUGUCAAUUGGAGGUGAACUUUGUGGACAUGGAUUUGGAGAAGAGUCACGACUGUGUCAAUGAUUAUCUCAAUUUCAACGGACAACUCAUGUGUGGAUCGCUAUCGAGCGAAACGACGAGAUAUUAUUUGUUUGAAAGCAAUCAAUUCGUAAUGAAUUUUGUCUCCGAUUCCUAUCGAAGCCAAAGGGGUUUCUUCUUAAGGAUUCGUCAGAGAGAGUGUCCGCCAGAAGAUAAGACAGCUUUGGUUAGACAGCCGUAUGGAAACGAAUUGACUCAAUGCGGGGGAAUCUAUACUGACCUCUCUUUUGAUCUGAAAAGUCCUCAAUAUCCGGAAUAUUACGAGAAUAAUGUCGAGUGUUUUUAUAGAAUUCGUCGUCGAAAUGAUAAUAUCUGUAGACUUGAGAUCAGAUUCAUUGACUUUGAUGUGGAGCCGAGUUCUGGAUGUGCUUAUGAUUACCUGAUAAUUGACGGCAAGAAGCUGUGCGGAGAUAUGAAACCAAAUUUUAUUAAGUCUUUAGACUUCACUGAAAAUGAAAAGAUCUUAAUGUUUAGAACGGGAACUACAAGUAAAAGACGAGGAUUUUUGGCUAAAGUUUACCAAAAGGAGUGCGAGGUAUAUGUACCGCCAACUGAUAAUACUUUGGUGUUACCACCGAUUCCCUCGAUCUGUGAAUUAUGCUUCACAGAAGUAAUGGGAAGUAUUCAAUCGUACGAUUACCCCAACAAUUAUCCGCCAAAUCUAAGUUGCAAAUACAAAGUGACAGCACUUCCCGGUAAUUGUAUGGUUCAGCUUAACUUUGAACAGUUCCGGUUGGAGUACUCGGAGAGUUGCGACAAAGACUACCUGGAGAUCAAUAAUAUUAGAUACUGUGGCAAUCAAUUGGAAGGGGCAACUCUUCUGGCAUUCAAUAAGAAACCGGAAGACGUUUCGAUUAGAUUUGUCUCAAAUGGUCAGAAGAGUUUCAGAGGAUUCCGAGCCUCAUAUACACAGCUUCCGUGCAUUGGAGGCGUGCCAUCGGGACAGCAACAGAUAACUCUUCAGCAACAGGAACAGUAUUAUCAGCACAAAUACCAGGGCAAAACUCAACCCCCAGUACAGUCACAGCAACCAAUUCAACGACAAUCACAACCAUCUAUUCCAAGAGCGCCUCCAUUUACGAGUUCCACUGGUGUCACAAACUAUGGAUCGGUUCCCAUUGCGAUCGUCGACAACACCAAUGCAAUCAAUUCAUCGUUGAUUCGCGUUCCGUGCGAUCGAGUCAUAUAUGAUAUGGUGUUUGAGAUGAGAUCUCCUAAUUAUCCCAAUUAUUAUCCGCCAAACACUGACUGUCUUUAUUCCAUACGAAGAAGCAAUUCAAAUGGAGAAUACAAGGAAUGUGUCGGCGAUUCACUUGAAGUGAACGGAAACAAAAUGUGUGGAAGUCUUCCUAAUAAUACGAUGGAGGAGUUUUCGUUUACUUCAUACAAGAGUUCGAUUAGAUUUCGUUCAGAUUCUGACAUCAGUUCUAAAGGCUUCCUAAUAAUGGGCGAACAGAUCGAGUGCUACGGCAUGAAAGCGCCUACAGAUGAGACAUCUAAUAGACCCCUAUAUUAUGGACAGUCGUCUGUUCAAUACGCCACUGAGAAUACAUUGUCUUCCUCUCCAUCCCAAUCCGUAUCCCAACCACAGCCUCAGCCCUCGUAUUCAUAUCCUUCAGCUGUAGAUUCAAAGCCACAGCAAUCGUAUGCGGGCUCUCCCUAUAGUCCUCCACAGUCAUCCCCUCCCAUUCAAAAAUCUCCUCAACAACAGUAUUACUACUACCGCUCUCCCCAACCAACUUCCCACUCAUCCCAACCUAAGCCCUUCACAGCUCACAUCUCCCCCUCACCACAGAGUGGUUCCCAUUCCGAUCAGAACUACGAGAAACGGUACACUCCCUCACCUUCAGUCAAGUCAUACCCAACACAACAGACUAGUGGUUACGACUCGAAGACACAAACCCAAUACAAUUCACAACAAAGUCAUAGACAGUAUUCCCCCUCACAAAGAGUGCACAGCUCUUCCCAAUCCCAGACCCAUAGGUCUCCACAACCUUAUGAUAAGACAGUACAAAGUUAUGGCAAUUUAGAACCAGGAGCUGAUUCACAGAACAGAUACUAUGAGAAACAAAACCAAAGUCCUUAUAUUGAAGUUAAGCAUAAAAUGCAAACGAAUUAUGAAACGAAUGUUAAGACUAAAUGCGAGCAAAACAUUCAAAGCAUGUAUUUUGAGAUUAAAAACCCCAAAGAAUCAGAACCCGAGUGUUUGUAUAGAAUAGAAAAAGCGAAAGAAAAUGUGUGUCAAUUGGAUAUAAUGUUCAGUAAUUUUGAUUUGGGAGACCAGUCCUGUGCCAAACAGUUCAUGGAAGUGGACGGACAGAGAAUGUGCGGAUCUAUUGCGAGGAAUACAAUGAAAACAUUCAAAUUCAGCGAAAACAAUGAAAUUAUGAUUUACUUGAAGGCAGAGACAAUGGGUUUUAAUAACGGGUUUGACAUAAAGGCCCGUCAGGUCGAGUGCGGCCCACCCAAGGAUAAGACUCAACAAACGUAUGGACAGCAACCACAGCAAUAUAGUAGAGAUAGGAUGCCAUCAAAUGGUCAGUCUUAUGGAUCUUCUAUGCAAUCAAAUGGCUUCAGACAUUCACCGCAACCACAACCACAACCAGGAAGUGGUGGAUCACAAGCAUAUGAUGGCAGACAAGCAACUCAUCCGAGAGCCAGAGAACCGCCUCAAACCAAUUACGAUGGCUUUGAUAUGCGUAUGCCUUACCGUCCAGAGGGACCCGACAGACGACUCGGUGCACCAGUUCCUACAUCUGAGGACAGGUGUCAAAUAAUAUACACGGAAAUAGAGUUUUCGAUUACUAGCGUAAACUACCCGAACUCCUACCCAUCCAAUAUGUUCUGCACAUAUACUAUAAGGAAAGCUAAUCCCGACGUUUGCGCCGUUGAUAUCAAAUUCAAUUCAUUCGACAUCGAAGACGACCCCAAAUGUAAUAAAGACUAUCUGGAAGUGGACGCCGGAAAGAUAUGUGGUCCCCUUCCGCCCAGUCAUGAAAGACGAUAUUAUUUCUUGAGCGAAGAAUAUGAGAAAGUAUUGGUCUUUAAAUCAGACGAUUCUGGUGUCAAAUCUGGAUUUUCAUUACACGUCCAGCAGAUAGUCGACUGCAAUAAGCCGUGGCAGCCAAUGUCGGCCCCAACCCCUCCCACUGUUUGCGAUGUCUGUCACCACAACCUAAGGGGACAAAUAAUGAGCUCUAAUUACCCGAACCAAUACAGCGAUUACAUGAGGUGUUCAUAUCGUAUACAAGCCAUGAGUCCUGACUUCUGUCGAGUGAAACUUUUCUUGAGAGAUGUGGACAUUGAGUCGAGUUCUUCGGGUGAUUGCAUGAAAGAUGCGCUCAUUAUUGACUCGCAAAGGCUUUGUGGCAAAGAUAUCAGUACUAAAGAAAUGACGCUCACAUUCCCGGCCAGUGAGCCCCGGGAGGUUCACAUUGACUUCCAGAGCGAUGUCAGUGGAAGUGGUCGUGGAUUCCUAAUUGAAUACAUUCAGGAGUCGUGUCCGACACAGACAUCUAAUCGUCAGCCAUCUAUCGCGCAACCGAUAGCACCGGUAGAUACGAAUGCAAACAGUUUUCCCACGAUAUCUGUUGAGACGACAGCAGCCAAACCGGACAACAGGAUGGGAGCACUCAUUCCUCCCAUAUAUCCACCCAAUUAUGUGUCUCGCGCUCACAUCGAGGAGAUCGUCCAGACACAGGUCCAGGUGCUCGACAACAGGACCAGUGAGACCGACAAUCACAAUAGAAAUCCAAUCAUUAAAUAAUUCAUUUUGAGAGC